GGCACUGUGAAUACUAAAGUCUAACGACAUCGUUUUUAGCUUUCCCUUGAGAUUCCUCCCUGGAAAAUGAAACGCUAACGAAAUGCUCCCACUCUCCAGAAGAGAAAUGCAGAGACUCUCCUUGAAAGGGAACUCUUUUCUGAACAAACACUGUUGCCGUCUCUCACUUCCCUCUAAUCCAACAAGUUCCCCGCUAUAUCUCAUCCACAGACAAUUAUGCCACAAAGCUCACGAACCCAUCAAAGAAAAUUCUGUACCUAACAAUCCAAGAAAUGGUUUUGGUAUUGUUUGUCUCAAAACUCAAGAAGGGAGCUUUAAAGACGGGGACAACAGCAGCAGCGACAACAACGUUGAUGAAUUUGCGAGAGAUGUCGAAAAGGUAUACAGAAUCCUCAGAAAUUUUCAUUCUAGAGUUCCAAAAUUAGAGCUUGCCUUGCAAAAAUCGGGUGUUGUAGUGCGUGCAGGCUUAACCGAACGGGUAUUAAAUCGCUGCGGUGAUGCAGGGAAUUUGGGGUAUAGGUUCUUUGUGUGGGCAUCAAAGCAGCCCGGCUAUAGACAUAGUUAUGAAAAUUAUAAGGCUAUGGUCAAGAUUUUCAGUAAAAUGAGACAAUUUGGUGCAGUUUGGGCCUUACUAGAGGAAAUGAGGAAAGAUAAUAGUGUUUUGAUAACGAGUGAAUUGUUUGUUGUUUUGAUCCGAAGGUUUGCUUCUGCCAGAUUGGUUAAGAAAGCAAUUGAAGUAUUAGAUGAGAUGCCAAAGUAUGGAUGUGAACCUGAUGAGUAUGUUUUUGGUUGUUUAUUGGAUUCAUUGUGUAAGAAAGGUAGUGUAAAGCAGGCUGCUUCGCUUUUUGAGGACAUGAGGGUGAGGUUUAGGCCAAGCUUGAAUCACUUUACUUCUUUGUUAUAUGGUUGGUGUAGAGAAGGAAAGUUAAUGGAGGCUAAACAUGUUUUGGUACAAAUGCGUGAAGCUGGGUUUGAACCGGAUAUUGUGGUUUAUAACAAUCUUUUAAUUGGCUAUACCAUGGCAGGAAAAAUGGCUGAUGCUUUUGAUUUGUUGAAGGAGAUGAGGAGGAAGGGGUGUGAGCCUAAUGCAAAUUCCUAUACUAUUUUGAUUCAGGCACUCAGUGCGCAGGGGAAGAUGGAUGAGGCAAUGAGAGUUUUUGUUGAGAUGGAAAGGAAUGGUUGUGAGGCUGAUAUUGUGACUUAUGCUGCAUUAAUAAGUGGGUUUUGCAAGUGGGGUAAAAUUAAUAGGGCAUAUCAGAUUUUGGAUAAUAUGAUAGAGAAAGGGUGUAUGCCUAAUCAACUGAUUUACUUGCACAUAAUGUUGGCCCAUGAAAAGAAAGAAGAGUUGGAAGAGUGUAUGGAAUUGAAGGGGAAAAUGCAGAAGGUAGGCUGUGUUCCUGAUCUCAGCAUUUUCAAUGUAGUGAUUAGGUUGGCCUGCAAGCUGGGGGAAGUCAAUGAUGGCAUUCGAGUUUGGAAUGAAAUGGAAGCAAAUGGCUUUAGUCCAGGGAUUGACUCUUUUCUUAUUUUGACUCAUGGGCUUCUUGGGCAGGGUUGUUUGGUUGAGGCUUGUGAGUAUUUUAAAGAAAUGGUUGGGAGAGGCCUUUUAUAUACUCCUCAAUAUGGUAUCUUGAAGGAGUUGUUGAAUGCUCUGCUGAGAGGUGAGAAGCUUGAAAUGGCUAAAGAUGUCUGGAGUUGCAUUGUUACCAAAGGAUGUGAACUUAAUUCGGAUGCUUGGACAAUUUGGAUUCAUGCACUGUUUUCAAAUGGACAUGUGAAAGAGGCUUGUUCAUAUUGUUUGGAUAUGAUGGAUGCAGAUGUAAUGCCAAAGCCAGAAACUUUUGCUAAGCUCAUGCGUGGUUUAAGGAAAUUGUAUAACAGGCAGUUUGCAGUAGAGAUCACAGAAAAGGUGAGAAAGAUGGCUGCAGAUAGACAGACAAGUUUCAAAAGUUAUAAACGACGAGGGGAGAGGGAUUUAAAAGAAAAGGUUAAGGCAAAAAAGGAUGGGAGAAAGAGGAGGGCUCGUAGACGCCAGUGGGGCAGGAUCCGUAGUAGGGCUAGCAUUUAGUUUUAAUAACUAGAUGUGUUUGAUUUUGAGCUAAGAUUGUUUGGAUGAGACUGUUUCCAUCGUGUCCACUUGCCAAGAUUGGACAUGGAGGUGCUUUCUCUAUUAAGUAAUCUUCUUAUAUUUCUUUUUGCCUUCUCUUUUUUUUUUUUUUUUUUUUUCCUUCUUUUGGCUGGCACUAAUAAUGCAGUUAGGUCAUCACUUGUAGUACGUGUGUGUCAGCUUACUCAUGAAGCAGGUUUGCGAGCUUUUCCAAUUCUAAAUUUUUGUCUGAUGGAAAAGGAACUAUUUGAUGAAUCCUCUUGCUGCUCAGAUAUUUUCUAUGUUCAAAUGCACUCAAUUUAUUACUAGAGUAGCUUUUUUGUUGGACUAGGAUGUAAAAAUUGCACGGUAGGCUAUGCAUGGCUCAUGGGUGCACAUACAUGCAUAGGCGCACAUAUUACAUGUAUUCAGUUAAUCAUUUUUUAACUUCUUUGUGGAUUGGCCCUCCUCACGUCAUAGCUGUGGAGUAGAAGCUUUGUCAUCCUGGUGGAAGAAGUGUGACAUUUGAAAGUGCUAUAUGCAAGACUGGUGAAAAAUGUUAAAUGCAUAUUUCCAUGACGAUUGUAUUGGAGAACUGAGAGCUGCUUCUGAAACCGUACGGUGAUCAUGUUCUUUGGGAUAUUAAAUUUUUUUCUUUUUUGCAGGACGGAUAGAUAAAUAUCCCCUUGAGUUAAAUUCAGGCCUAUCUGUGUGGUAGAACUCUUUUCAAUUGAAUUUGCUGAAAUAGGAAGAGAAAGAGGCAAUGUUAUUUGCAUCGUCAAAACCAACUUUCAUGCAUUCAUGACAGCCUUCCCUUACCAUCAGAAAAGGAAAUUGUCAAUUUGUGUUUUUUCGUUGCACUUGGUAGAGAUGUUGCAAGGUUGGGUUUCUUUUUUUUUUUUUUCUCUCUUUCAAAUCUAGAUGGUCAGGAUCUUUCUUUAGAUUUUCAAUUGUUACACUCUUUAUUAGAAUUAUUUGCAGAAGGAUUUGAAUUCGAUGCAAAUUUUUAGAACGAACACUUCUUAUAAUACCUAUACUUGUAUUAUUUGUUGGUACA